AAUGCAGACAGUACCGUACAGGUCCACUACCUACACCACCACCACCACCACCACCACUACCAUUCCAUUCAUUCCAUCUUUUUUAUUCCGUCACUUUAUUAUUACCCAUACCACCGCCGGCUGUAGCACGAGGCCGUUCAAUAGUGAGAUUUGCAACUUUUAGAUUUGAUUUCGAGUCGAGCGGAAUCCAAAGUCAAUUCAUCGCGGGGACACCCGUGACUUCUUAUACCGUCUGUUCUACACCGGCUUGCUUGAUUAACCCAAAGCAAGGGAAGGCGAACAUCGACUUACCCCGGGAUUACCUCGUACAAUUGAAUUAUCGGUUCCUUACCAACUUGUCACAACACUCCCUUCUUCUUCUUCUCUUCUCCGCCUCGAUACUACUACUACACCAUCAUCGGAAUUAGGACAAUAAGGAAAAAAAAAAGAAUAGAUAGACUCCACAAAGCCCGCCAAAUAUAUAUAUAUAAAAAGAGAAAGAAAAAAAUGGUUGCCGACGCAAUAAUCUACCACCCCUCGGUGUCCCACUACCUGCGGUUCGUAGCGACGACCGUGGGGCGGGACAAGCUGCUGCGCGUGGUGCAGUACUUCGCGCGGUUCUACGCGUGGUACCUGUACCGGACGAACGGCACGCGGGGGGAGAUCGCGCCGUACGAGGCCCUGAAGAAGCAGCUCGCGCUCGCGCGGAAGCUGCUGCGCGUGGGGAAGAACGUCGAGCACCUGCGGGCGGCGGCGGUGGCGGCGGACGCCAUCAGGAGCGCGGCGACCAGCACCAAAAAAGCAGGAGGGGCCGGGGCCGGGGAUGGGGACGACCCGGUGCUGCAGUACGCGACCCUGGGCAGGCAGCUGGGGUACGCCGGGUACCUGACGUUCGACUCGGCGACGGUGCUGGACGCGCUCGGCGCCAGGAAGUGGAGCGGCGCGAAGAGGCUGCAGAAGGAGGCGUACCGAUUCUGGGCGAUGGGGCUGCUGUGCAGUAUUGUCGCGCAGACGUAUACCUUGUACCGGCUGCGGGAGCGGGAGGCGAAGGUGGAUAAGAAGGAAGGGGAGGGGGUGGUGGAGAGUAAGAGGAUCGCUAAGGAACGUGCUACCAGCCAGCUCCAGCUCGUGUCGGACCUGUGCGACCUCACGGUGCCGACGGCGGCGCUGGGCUGGAUCAACUUGGACGACGGGCUUGUCGGGCUGGCGGGUACGGUGAGCAGUUUGAUCGGCAUCUACCUGCAGUGGAAGAAGACGGCGUAAGGAGACGGAAUUACCUACCUAUGUGGCAAGGGGUGAAGAGAGAGAAAGAGAGAAAGAGAGAGUCUAUGAUUAUUGAUGCUAGGAAGCUGGACAGAUAUACGCGACACGAGGAUGAAAAAAAAAAGUUAAGUUCGGAGUGUACAAAAUCAGUGGCAUGUUACCAGACCCCGGUUCUAGAUGAUAAAGACGACGAGCUAUGUAGAAAGGAAGUUCGACGAUUCUGUGACGUAGGGAGUUAACUGGGCUAUGAAUUUUGAUACAACUUGGAGGCACAGUAUUUUCUUUUUUUCUAGUUUAGGUUUUUUUUUCUCCCGACAGACUAAUAUGAGGUUUCAUGCGUUGAGAUUGUAGGUGAUACGUUUUUUGAAGGAUACCGCUAUGGUAUAAUGUUAGUUUUCAUUAAAGCUUCGUGUUGCCUACCUCUUA